GGGAGAGGCGGGGCUAGGUCGUGCCGAGGAUGCGGGAGGAAUAGCGGGGUCUGGCCUGCGCCGUUUCCUGCCGGUGGCGGAGGCUCCCAGAGUCUGGCCCGGCUCGGUCAAUUUCCAGGCCCAUCUCCCCGGCGAGCUCCUCUGUGGCCGGAGGAGAGGCCCCCGGUGCUAUCAUGCUGCUGCCAGUGUUCACUCUGAAGCUGCGCCACAAAAUCAGCCCCCGCAUGGUGGCCGUGGGUCGCUAUGACGGGACCCACACGUGCCUGGCGGCCGCCACCCAAGCUGGCAAGGUUUUUAUUCACAAUCCUUAUGCACGUCGCCAGCACCUAAAUACACCUCGUCUUCUCCAGAGCCCCCUUGAUGCAGAUGUUUCCCUUCUCAACAUUAACCAGCCAGUCAGCUGUCUUACAGCAGGAGUGUUAAACCCUGAACUAGGACAUGAUUGUCUUCUUGUGGGAACCCAGACUAAUCUUUUGGCCUAUGAUGUUUACAACAACUCAGAUUUAUUUUACAGAGAGGUUAUAGAUGGCGCAAAUGCAAUAGUACUUGGGACAUUGGGAGAUAUUCCAUCACCUCUUGCGAUUGUUGGUGGAAACUGUGCCCUUCAGGGCUUUGAUUAUGAAGGAAAUGAUCUAUUUUGGACGGUUACUGGAGACAACGUUCAUUCCUUAGCAUUGUGCGACUUUGAUGGCGAUGGGAAGAAAGAGCUUCUUGUUGGGUCUGAGGAUUUUGACAUCAGGGUUUUUAAAGAAGAUGAAAUUGUGGCAGAAAUGGCAGAAACAGAGACAAUUACUUCUCUUUGUCCAAUGUAUGGCAGUCGUUUUGGAUAUGCUCUUUCUAAUGGCACAGUUGGUGUUUAUGACAAAACAGCGCGAUAUUGGAGAAUUAAAUCUAAGAAUCAUGCAGUGAGCAUUCAUGCAUUUGACCUUAACUCUGAUGGAGUACGUGAACUAAUCACUGGUUGGUCUAACGGAAAAGUUGAUGCCCGAAGUGACCGAACUGGAGAGGUCAUCUUUAAAGACAACUUUUCUUCAGCAAUUGCUGGUGUGGUGGAGGGAGAUUACAGGAUGGAUGGCCAUGUGCAGCUAAUCUGCUGUUCAGUGGAUGGGGAAGUGCGGGGUUAUCUCCCUGGUGGUGCAGAAAUGAAGGGAAACUUGAUGGAUACAAGUGUGGAACAGGAUUUGAUCCGGGAGCUUAGUCAGAAGAAACAGAACCUGCUGUUAGAACUGCGCAACUAUGAGGAAAAUUCCAAGGCUGAAUCAAGCAGCCCAGUGAAUGAGUCUGAUGGGCAGCGGGGAAUUAUCCCAGCCAACACCAAGCUGCAGACAGCCCUUUCAGUGAACCUGGGCUCUGACAGCCAAGCUGCUCAUGUGGAAUUACGGAUCUCAACUUCAAAUGACACCAUAAUCCGAGCAGUGCUUAUAUUUGCUGAAGGGAUUUUUACAGGUGAAAGCCAUGUGGUGCAUCCCAGCAUUCAGAAUCUUUCCAGCUGCAUCCGAAUUCCUAUCACUCCACCAAAGGAUGUCCCUGUGGAUCUGCACAUGAAGACUUUUGUGGGCUACAGAAACAGCACUCAGUUUCAUGUAUUUGAAUUAACACGACAGCUCCCCCGAUUUGCCAUGUAUGCGUUGAGCAACCCUGAUCCCACCAAAGAGCCCCUCAGUUUUGUUAACUUUACCGUCAAUGAACGGGUACAAAGGGUUGUCAUGUGGCUGAACCAGAACUUCCUAUUACCCGAAGAUAGUGAGAUCCAAAAUGCUCCGUUUCAAGUCUGUUUCACAUCCCUACGAAAUGCUGGGCAUCUCUGUAUAAAAAUAAAACCAAGUGGAGAGAUCACUGUUAGUACUGAUGAUAUUGAUCUGGCUGGGGAUAUCAUCCAGUCUAUGGCUUCCUUUUUUGCCAUUGAAGAUCUUCAGGUCGAAGCUGAUUUCCCCGUCUACUUUGAGGAGUUACGGAAAAUACUAGUUAAGGUGGAUGAAUAUCACUCUGUACACCAGAAACUUAGUGCUGAUAUGGCAGAUCAUUCCAACUUGAUACGUAGCUUGUUGGUGCGGGCUGAGGAUGCACGUCUUAUGAGAGACAUGAAAACAAUGAAGAAACGAUAUGUGGAACUUUAUGACCUUAACAAGGACUUGCUAAAUGGUUAUAAAAUUCGCUGUAAUAACCACACAGAGCUUUUAAGUAACCUAAAAGCAGUAAACCAAGCUAUACAAAGAGCUGGUCGUCUUAGAGUUGGAAAACCAAAGAACCAGGUGGUUAAUGCUUGUAGGGAUGCUAUUCGGAGUAACAAUCUCAACAUGCUAUUCAGGAUAAUGCGUGUGGGUACAGCUUCAUCAUAGGAGAGAUCAGAGGCAGUGAAAUGUUAUUGGUCAUUGGGAGUAUUGGAGCUUUUUCCUUUAGGCCCUUUCAAAUUCACCUAAAGGACUGAACAUUUAAAGAGACCUUGACAUGCCAUGAUUGUGAAAGGCAAGAUGGUUUUGUGCCCAGGUUUCACUUGUA